AUGUCAUCCGGAAUACAAUCACUUCUCAAAACCGAAAAAGAAGCUGCUGAAAUUGUCAAUGAGGCAAGAAAGUACAGAACUAGCAGGUUGAAAACGGCAAAGCAAGACGCUCAAGAAGAAAUUGAAAGCUACAAAAAGCAAAAGGAGGAAGAAUUGCAAAAAUAUGAAAAGGACCAUGAAGGUAUCAACGAGAAAAUUAACAAAGAAGCUGAAGAGGAGAUUGAAAAGGAGUUAAAAACAUUGAAAGAGCAAUUUGAAAAGAAAAAGUCUGAUGUAGUGAAAUUAUUGGUUGAUGCUACAAUCUCGCCAAAUCCUGAAGUACAUAUCAAUGCGAAUACAUAA